GCUUCCGCCUGACGGGGAUGACGACGCGAGCGUGUUGUCCAUCGCUUCCACUUCUCCAUCACUCCAUCAGUACACCGACUUCUAAUACCAUUUGACUUCGUUGCAGCUCUGUUGCCUCCGAGGUCCAAGACUCUUCGAACUCAGAGACGAAGAGAGUCGUGCGUUACGAGUGCGCCGGGCAGCUGAGGUUGCAACGACUUGGAAACCCAACAACACCAUCCCCGCAGUCCCCGCCGCUCUUGGGAUCCAUGACAUUAUUAAUACCGACUUCUACAUCUCGCCCGGACCUCUUUCGAUGAUUUACGACCGAAUCGCACAUACCCUGGCUUUGUUCAAUAACCAUUUCACUAUACUCUUUUUCACUUCGAGCUGAACUCACUGUGCGAUUCCCCGAGCCUUUCGCCAUGGAGUCCUUCUUGCAGGGGGACGUCUGCCAGGACCUCCGCGAGAUAAGCGUCGUCAACCUAAUAGUUUCCAUUGUCAUUGUCAUUGGAAUGCUCAUCAGCUACCUGCCACAGCAUGUUCGUAUCAUAUCAAGAGGCACAUCGGAAGGGAUAUCGCCCUACUUCGUUUUGCUGGGGACAACAUCGGCAACAUCUGCGUUUGCAAAUAUUCUCCUACUGCCCAAGUCUCGUCAGGAUAUCGCUUGCUGCAAAGAGGUCGAGACCUUCCAUUGCGUGGCUGGCCUACUUGGUAUCGCGCAAUUGGGAGUUCAAUGGAUAUGCUUCACAUUCAUUUUCGUCCUCUUUUUGGUUUUCUUCCGAUACAACGCAGUGGACGACCCGGAUAGCGAGGCGGCGCUGGUCGAAGAACAGCCAAGGUGGCAGACCGCUCUCUUGGUGGCAUCUCUCACUCUGCUGCACGGCCUUGCAGUCAUUGUCGUCACGGGUAUUCUGAGCACCAUCGCCCACGAUAAGCUCGCAAUCUGGGCAAACGUGCUCGGCGUCAUGGCUGCUCUGCUAGCCGCUGUCCAGUACAUCCCUCAGAUCUGGACCACGUACCAUCUGAAGCACAUUGGCAGCUUGAGCAUUCCGAUGAUGUGCAUGCAGACCCCGGGCGGAUUUGUCUUCGCAGGCAGCCUGUUUGCGCGGCUAGGAUGGGCCGGAUGGAGCUCGUGGGGCAUUUUUGUCUUGACCGCGACGAUGCAAGGCUUGUUGCUCUCCAUGGCCAUUUACUACGAAAUCCAGGCGCGCAAGGAGUCCAAGGACCAUGCGCCUGGCCGAUCCACCUCGCAUCCUGAGCACUACGCGAAUAACCAGGAGCAGUUGCAGGCUACUAUGGACCGGCAGGACAGUGACGCUGCUGCUGAGACUACCCCGCUGCUCAAGUAAGGUGGAAUUGGUAGUUCGGAUUCGAACUAGGCAGCAAGUAUCCCUUGUUUCUUUACUACGCUUUGACUUGGCUCAUGCACAUACUGGCGUUGACUGUUCGGGGUGGAUGGAUGGAGUAAUCUUGUGCAUGAUUCACUGUCGCUCUCAAUGUUAGUGGCUGUUUGAGAUAUGAAUAUCUCCCCCCUCUUUGGACUGCCAUUUAUGGUUUCCCAGGUAGCUUCAUACGUGAUUGUGACUGGCCACCGAAUACAUGACUGUUUGGUUAUGGAUGAGGGUUAUAUCGCGCUUCCAUUUACUACGGGGGAGUGGACGGGAGUCAGCGAUGACAGUCUCGAAGCCCAACUACUGUAUGAAUCAUCGAGAAGUGUCAUCCAGGAAAUCAACAUGGGAGAGUGUCACGAUGCUUGCUCUUCUGGAGCUUAAAAGACCGUACGGAUUCCGUUUGCAGCACCCCCACCUGUUACCUAUUCUUUGCCAGUCCAUACCCGCUGACCACAAUACCAACCU